CGCAUUCUUCAUCAUAAUCUCGCUUCAUCAUUUCUCUUUGCAUGGCGAAUAGCAAAAACCUGAAUCCCUUGGAUCUCCCAGAAAUCAUUUCGCGAGUUGGUGUCUUCCUUAGUCGAGAUGAUAUCCUGCAUUGUAUCCAAGUCUGCAAGGCUUUCCACAAUACACUUGUCAAAUCCAUUUGGAAAAGGGUCGUUAUAGUAGACUCAAGAUAUCCUACCGAAGAAGCAUUACAGAACUACAAGGAAUACAUUGAGGAGCUCGUAUUUCACAAUAACUUCCCAAAGGAGUGCGUGUCAUUACAAGGCUGUAAUCGGCUCCGAUUCAUCGAGUCUAUAGCGCAAGACCCAUCCGAUCUGAGUCAGGUUGUCAACUUGAUCAAAUUUCAUAGUUCCACAAUUACCGGGCUUAGGUUUAGAUGCUCGCAUUUAUGGGGGAUAUGGGAAGCCCUAAUGGAAUGCGUCCACCUUGAAACCCUGACUAUUUACGAUUCAAACAUACUACUCGAUGGAGUCGAUCCUUUUUUUCAGGUCUGCAAGAAAAUUAAGACCUUGAUCAUGUCCGACGUAGGAAUCCUUCGGUUACCUUCCGGAUUCGUGGACGAUAACACGGAUGAAUUCAUUUUUCCAAAUGUGCGCAAACUAGAGCUUCAGAAUGUUCGGAUACGCUGCCCUCUACAACAGCAUUCAUCAUCGUAUUGUCUCGGCAUAUUGACUAGAAGAUGUCCAAGAUUACGUUCAUUGAGUUUCUAUGAUCUCAGAUGGGGCACCCAAAGUACACAGCAAACAGAUAUCGAUUACUACAGGACAGCAUUCCAGUAUCACUUAUACACGCUCACAAAACUAUUGGAUCUGUCCCUUAUAAGUAUGCAAUUAAAGGACGAGGAAAUGGCGGCACUUCUCAAACAGAUGACUGAACUAAGGCAGCUAGUUGUCCCAGAAUGUGAUUUCGGUCCACUUUCCCUUCAAGAAUUACUAGCAGAUACACAGGAGAUUAGGGAUGGUGAACGCCUAGUGCGAAAAAGAAGGGAGCGGAGACUCUGCGAUACACUUGAGGAUCUGAGCUUCAAUAGACGAGCUAAAAGCCCCGAUGGCAUUGUCCAAACAAUACUAUCUAAUUGCCCACGCCUGAAGACACUAUGGGGACCUAAAAUCACAGUGACAGAGAUUGCCAGCGGUGUAGAAUGGGUUAGCACUGAACUGACUACCAUGGAGGUCAUCCUUGAGGUGGAUGUUGAUCAAAAGACUGUAGAGGGCAUGCGAAUGCAGCGUAUUGCGUUUAGGCAGCUAGGCAAGCUGACUCGGCUACAGAGCCUUGGUCUGACCGGGCUCUAUUCAUCAUAUGAGAAAACUCGGACACUAGACUUGAAGUUAAGUGCAGGUCUGGAUGAGCUGGUCAACCUGAAGAACCUGCGUUGGUUAUCGUUUAGUCGAGAUGAUGACCAGGAAAUCCAACCUGAGGACAACGGAUAUUUACUUUGCUAAUAGAAAUGUGGUAAUUGCAAUAAUAAAAGAGGAAACGAUGGUGGUCGUUAUGACUCGAGCGG